CUUAUUUCUCCUGAACACUAACCUCACUCGUUCCUCUGACCAAUACACAAUCGCUUCAUCCAAAUUUUGCGAAGCAUUGCAUAAAUGUGUAAGGUAGUCGGUAAAUCGAAAUUCAAAUACAAUACUUAAUAUCGUCGUCUGCUCGUCUUUUAUUAUUCGGAUUCGUGUUAUCUUAUCUCUAGACGUAGACCUAUAGUUUUUCCUAGAACUGGCCUACAAGUUCGUUGCAAUUUGAUCACUUCCAUUUCUGUCCAGUCUGAGUCUGCCUCGUGUGUUGUGUGAGCGAACAGUUUUAUUACUUUUAUUCGGUUGAUUCGGUUUUGUUUUUAGUGCUUUUUUUUCCGAUUUCGAAGUGUGUUAUUUGGAUCAGUAGUUUGCUAUGGUGGUGAUUGUUGAUCGAGUAAUAACAACGAUCUAAUUUUACAAUUUGGUGUUAUUAGACAUUAGUGCUUUACUGAUCCUUCCAUCAACGAUGUUUUAGCAGUUUUUAGCCUAUUGAGAAAACAACAUAGGUAAUCGCGAAAUGAAAUUUAGAAAUCACUAUUCACCUAUUCAGUAACUUUAUCUGUGAUCAUAUCAAUUUCGAAGUGUGUUAUUUUCGGUGUAAUGAGUUCAAUAUCUCCGGUAAAUCGUAAUUAUUUUCGUGUAAUUCUAUUGCAGUGAAGUACCGCAUAAAUGAUUUGUUUGAUUAAUAACGUGCGUGGAUCUAUUCAGUAGGUAACUUUAUUUUUGAUCAUAUCGAUUUCCAUUUUACUUUAUCAAUUGAAAGUUGCUCCGAACACUUAUUCACCUAUUCAGUAACUUUAUGUUUGAUCAUAUCGAUUUCGAAGUGUGUUAUUUUCGGCGUAAUGAGUUCAAUAACUCCAGUAAAUCGUAAUUUUACCGCAGUGAAGUACUACAUAAAUUAUUUGUUUAAUUAGUAACGUGCGUGAAUUAGUAGUUCGCUAAGGUGGUGAUUGUUUAUCGACUAAUAACAACGAUCUAAUUUACAAUUUGGUGUUAUUGGGGCUUUACUGAUCCUUCCAUCAACGAAGUUUUAGCAGUUUUUGCUUUGGUUACAGAUUUCGUUCACCUGAGACUAUUCAAGAAAGUGCAAAAAAAAACACCAUGGUUAUUAAGAGAAGAGCAGUGUGGGAGAAAUUUUUCCAGAAAGCACAGGUCUGCGAAACCAAUGUAAAUCGCUACAUUGAUACUUUUACUAAUGAAUGCAUGGAGCCAUGGAUGAUUAAUAGACUAGAUGAGGAUUUCUAUCAAAACCUGGGAGUUCAAAGCAUAGACGAUAGAAGAGCUAUUUCGGAGCAGUAUAUUCGUUGGCAUGAGACUACUGAGAAAAACAAGGAAAUGAGAAGAGAACGUUGGAAGAUGUUUUUUCAAGAAGCAGGAGUAUCCAAAACUAAUAUAAACAAAUACAUUGAUAAGUUUCUCCAUCAUGAAAUUCGCUUUUCAAUGUUACCCUCACUGAAUAAGGAUAGACUCCGCAAGAUGGAAGUUCAGAAUAUAGGCGACGAAUUAUCUAUUUUGAGAAAGAUUUCCGAUCCAUCUGACAAUAAGACUCUUCAUAAUAGAAAUCGAAAAAAAACAACGUUACAGAGAAGAAAAUACUGGAAACAUUUUUUUCUCGAAACAGGAGUAGUUUCAAAUAAGAAUUUACAAAAAUACACGGGUAAUUUCAUUCGUCAUUCAAUUCAACCGUGGAUGUUACCUGAACUAGAUGCGGAAAGACUUCAAUUAAUGGGAAUCGAGAGUAUAGGCGACGAAAUAAAUAUUUUGAAAAAGAUUCGAGAACUGAUUCAAAAGUACACCGACGCCAUCGACUAAAUCUAAUAAAUUACUCGAAAGAUGGGUGUGAAAAAAUGCUUCUGAAAAACCAGUACUAGGCCGAGUAGAAGAUUACAUCGAUCAAGUACAUAUAUUUUUCUUCGAUUGAAAAGCCCAGCGAAUGUAUCAACGUGUGAAAGUUUACAACAAAACUUAUUGCAGAAUAAAGUAUAGGUAAAUGCUCCAACCACGUGAUUAUCUAUUGUUAAUUUUUCUCACGUUUCCUGUACCUAUAGAAUUUUUAAUGAUUAUAAAUUUUUGAAAAUUUAUAAAAA